GGGACUAAAUGUGUAAGCACUUGGACAUCUCUUGAAGUGGGUGCAACCUUAAUGAGUUUAGGACAAUAAUGCAAGGAGUGAAACCAAUUGGGACUUACAGAAUACAUCCAAAAGAGAAUUGCCAUAAAACUUCAAAAGCCAGUUAAACAGAAAAGAAGUCAGAGGAAGGUGCAAUGACAGGGAGAAAGAAAGUUGAGUCGGAAAUGGAAACAAGGUUGCGUCAGUAUGUUUUAUGCACGCCACCAGUAGGACUACAUCAUAAGGCCUGACUGGUACCUGACCUGGUAGCAGAGUUUACCGUCAUUGUCGCCGUCCUGUACUGAUGGUGAAAGAGGAGCCAGCCAAGGAGGCGCAUUCACCUCCACUUUGACAGGGACAUAAAGUGGGCCAUACGCCACAUUAAAUUAGGCAAACAGAAGAGUGGAAGAAAGCUGAACAGUAAAGUUUAACAUUGACUCUUGACAAGCAUGGCAUUCUUGCAGCAGAUGCGCUCUCCUCGCUUGUCCUUCCUGCAGACCCUGGUGUCCCUGUUUCUUGCUACAGUGGCUCUGCUCUCCUCAUACUGGUGUGUGGGCAAACAGAAGGUGCCCAAGCCCCUCUGCUCACCCACCAAACACAGCAACUGCAUCCCAGUCCCAGGGGUGUCCGACGACUCCAACAUCCAGUUCUCUUGGGAGACCGGAGAUGAUCGAUUUGUGUUUCCUGUGUUCCACACCGGCCUGUUCAUGACAUGUGAAGAGAACAUCUACACAGACGAAUGGGAAGAGAAGUGCAGAGGACUGUAUGCAUUGACCCCUGGUUCAGAAAAAGCCAUGAUGUGGCUGUAUCUGACCUUGGAGCUGAUGUACAUCAGCCUACUGCUGGUCAGCUGCAUACUGCUGUCUGCACAGCUGUGCAUGGGGGCUUUUUUCCCCUCCACACGCCGCUGGGGCCAGCUGCUCAACGCAUUCGCUGCAGUUUUCACUGUACUUGGAGGUCUGCUUGGCAUGGUGGGCCACAUGAUGUUCAUGCAGGUGUUUCAGACCACAGCUUCAAUGGGACCGGAGGACUUCAAACCUCACAGCUAUGGAUACUCUUGGGCGUUCUAUGUGGCAUGGGUGGCCUUCACCGUGUGCAUGUCGGCCGGAGUGUCCACUCUCAACAACUACACCAAGAAGGUCAUUAUGGUGGGGCCCCGCCGCAUUUCCAGCCUUAAUGUCUGCAGCUUCAACUUUGUGGGACCGCCGCCACCUGCCCCUUAUUACACCCCCCCAAACUUGAGCCUGGACUGUCCUUCCUCUCCCCCGCGCCUUUCUCACCUGUCCCCAUACUACGAGCCUCCUGCCUCUGCUCCAACCACCUCUUCUACCCUCAGGCCAACGCAUUCACCUCACUUACACCACUCACUGUCUUUCCCUCCUCCCCCAUCACAGAACACACCUACGUCACCUUAUCACCGCUUGUCUCUGCCUUCACCCGCCCUGUCUGUCUCUGUGCACUUGCCCCAUUUUGAACAUCAGGAUAUAUGUCCUGGGUAUGAAGAAGAUAAUGACUGCAGCCCACUCUAGUCUAUUGUUUUCUUCUAAUAAAUUAUGCAGCUGUACAAAAAGAGAAAGUCCACAAUUUUGGAAAAUCUGAGACCCUGCACCAUCAGUAUGAAGAAAAGAAAAUGUGUCUAAACUGUGAGUAAACUUGGACUAGAACAAGACCAGACCACUACAUCAGGACUGAGUGUGACUCGCUGAUAUCGUCACAUUUCAUUGCCUGGUGUAAGUGUCUAAUUUUCAAAGGGCUUUUCAUUUUCAUAGUCUUAUUUUGUGUAAAGAUCACAAAAAAUCUCAUGAAUUCUGUUGGUUUUCUUUCACUGCAUCUUCAAUAUACAAUUAAUUACAGUUGACUGGAGAGUUUUUCUGAGAUGUUUCUCACAGUAACUACUACACACUUCUCCAAACAGAGAGUAUGCUCAUGACUCCACACUGUACAGUAAUAGUAACAAUUAUAUAAUAAAAAGAAUAAGUGAAUUUCUGAACUUAAGUUCUAAACAUCUUAUAUUAAAAAAAUGACCUCUAACAACGCUGUGCAGGAGCACCGCCAGCUUUUAAUGAAACAGCUUAACUAAUACUACUUGCACAAAGUGAAGAUUUUGUUUUACAUGUUAAAAUAUGAAGAGCAAACAUUGUUUGUUUAUUAA